AUGGUGGAUUUGGUUCUUCUUCAUCUUUUACUUAAUUUAGAGGAAUCAAUUGUAGAACUGUUUAAACUGGGUUGGGUUCUUAGUGUGGAGAAAUUUGAUUACUUCAACUGUGACACAAGUGCACCAAUCACUACUUUCACCAAUGGAAAGAGCACUUUUAAUCUUGACAGAUCAGGACCUUUCUAUUUCAUAAGUGGAACUGAUGAUCAUUGCAACCAUGGCCAAAAAUUGCUCGUUGAAGUUAUGGCGCCGCAUUCAAUUCCAGCAUCUCCACCUACCACCAUUGCAGUUCCGCCUGAAGGUUCAUCACCGAUCAUGGCUCCUUCGGAUUCACCUUAUUCUUCUGAUUCCGUGGAUCAGGCUACUUCAUCUUCCACCAUGGUGCUUGCUUCAAGUUUUCUGUCUACUUUGAUCACAUUUGGAAUUGUGAUGAUGUUAGCACUCUAA